GAGAAUAGUCACAUUAGAGAGAGAGACAGAGAGGGAGAGAGUUGGUGGGAGAGCCGAUCGACAGAUGGAAAAAGGAAAAAAGAAGAGAGAGUAGGCGGGCGCGGUUGGUGAAGGAUUACGACCUUUCGCCAUAUCCACCCACUUUUAUUUCAUUUAUUAUAUAUAUUCCAACAUUCUUCUCCUAAAACCUCAAUCUCGAAAUUCAAUCGAAAUCGAGAUCUCUCUUAAAAUUUUUUUGUAAACUUUGUAUCAAAUCCACCAAAAAAAAAGAAAAAAAAACAAUGAUUAUAAACAUCCGAGAUUCCACCAUGGUCCGCCCCGCCACGGAGACCCCAUCCACAUACCUCUGGAACUCCAACGUAGACCUCGUCAUCCCCAGGUUCCACACUCCCAGCGUCUACUUCUACCGUCCCACCGGCUCCUCCAAUUUCUUCGACCCUCAGGUCUUGAAAGAUGCCCUCUCCAAGGCCCUUGUCCCUUUCUACCCCAUGGCUGGUCGCUUGAAGAGAGACGACGACGGUCGUAUCGAGAUCGACUGCAACGCCGCCGGUGUCCUCUUCGUCGUCGCUGAUACUCCCUCCGUUAUCGAUGAUUUCGGUGACUUCGCUCCCACCCUCACUCUCCGCCAGCUUAUCCCCGAGGUCGAUCACUCCCCUGGCAUUCACUCCUUCCCCCUCCUCGUCCUCCAGGUGACCUAUUUUAAAUGUGGUGGGGCUUCACUUGGUGUUGGUAUGCAACACCAUGCCGCUGAUGGUUUCUCUGGUCUCCAUUUCAUUAAUACCUGGUCCGAUAUAGCUCGUGGUCUUGACCUCACCAUCCCUCCUUUUAUUGACCGUACCCUCCUCCGUGCUAGAGACCCACCUCAGCCUGCUUUCGAUCAUGUUGAGUACCAGCCUGCCCCUGCCAUGAAGAUCCCUCUCGAUCCUUCUAAGUCAUCCCCUGAGAAUACCACCGUCUCCAUCUUUAAGUUAUCGAAAGACCAGCUUAUUUCUCUCAAGGCUAAAGCUAAGGAGGAUGGUAAUACGGUAAGCUACAGCUCGUACGAGAUGUUGGCUGGUCAUGUGUGGAGGUCAGUGGGGAAAGCGCGUGGGCUUCCGGAUGAUCAAGAGACCAAACUGUACAUUGCUACUGAUGGAAGGUCAAGACUGCGUCCUCAGCUGCCGCCUGGUUACUUUGGGAACGUGAUAUUCACUGCGACGCCACUGGCUGUUGCAGGGGAUCUGCUAUCAAAGCCCACGUGGUAUGCUGCAGGGCUGAUUCAUGAUGUUUUGGCUCGCAUGGACGAUAACUAUCUGAGGUCAGCUCUUGACUACCUGGAGAUGCAGCCUGAUCUCUCAGCUUUGGUCCGUGGUGCACAUACCUACAAAUGUCCAAAUUUGGGAAUCACAAGCUGGGUUAGAUUACCUAUUUACGAUGCAGAUUUUGGUUGGGGUCGUCCUAUAUUUAUGGGACCUGGUGGAAUUCCAUACGAGGGUUUGUCUUUUGUGCUACCAAGUCCUACAAAUGAUGGCAGCUUAUCUGUGGCCAUUGCUCUCCAAACUGAACACAUGAAACUGUUUGAGAAGUAUUUGUAUGAGAUAUGACAGAGACAAGCAGCAGAAAAUGAUAUGAUGAUACCUCCUUUUCCCCCACUUAAGUGGGACUUUUUUUUUUGCUUAAUGUCGUAGAUGAUUCGUUAUCCUGUAUUUUAGAGGGUACAAUAAAGUUAUGUCACACAUAAGUUUUUCUUAUGGUCUGUAACACCUGGAUCGGUCAUGUAGGAGGAACUUUUGCGUUUAUGUUUAUACUGAUGAUGAUAAGUGUUGUCCUAUGUCGAUGUUUCAUACCCUCUUCUGUCAGUUUUCCUGCAAUAACAACUGUUUUUGUUACUUUCUGUGUUGUGUUUUUUAUAGUCAAUGUUAUGUAAGGUUAUGCCUUGUAGCUCUAACGUAAUGCACGAUCGUCCCAUACGAAAGUGUAUACUGUGUUACUUUUCUGUUCUGGCAGUACUUUUAUGUGCU